AAAGAACACGGCGCCCCCACCGAUGCCAACAGACAUGUCGGCGAUUUGGGUAACGUUACCGCCGAUGCCAACGGCGUGGCUAACGUGAACAUCGAGGACAAACAGUUGGCCCUCACCGGCAAUCAGUCCAUUAUCGGUCGAUCUCUGGUGGUUCACGCAGAUGUCGAUGAUUUGGGUAAAGGCGGACACGAGUUGAGCAAAACUACCGGUAAUGCCGGCGGAAGACUCGCCUGUGGUGUCAUUGGACUCACAAAUGCAUAAACCAAUCAAUGGUGGCAUCAGUUGAUUAACGACUGCGAUUUAAUUGAUUAUUAUUUUUUGACGAUUUAAUUAAUAUCUUUUUUAUAACCAAUAGUUUUGUAGUUAACUUGUUUUA